UAGCGUCACACUCGCUGCUGCAGUUUGACAUCUUGGCCGUGUGUGAUGGAAAGUCUUUGAGCGCUCAACAGAAAGGGGGACAUACACAGGGAACAUUACAUUUCGGAGUCUCGUAAAUGAAACCGAAAAUAAUCAUGACGGACAUUGUGCUGGGUGAGGGCAAACUGGACCCAUAUGUCAGUGCUUUAGGAUGGCCAGUGACCGCUCGACCAUUACCAGUCCUGUGGUACGUCAGAUCGACAAACAGUUUCUGAUCUGCAGCAUCUGUCUGGAUCGUUACAAAAUUCCUAAAGUUCUUCCCUGCCUUCACACCUUUUGUGAGAGGUGCCUACAAAACUACAUUCCUGCCUAUAGUUUAACUCUUUCCUGCCCAAUCUGCCGUCAGACCUCUAUCUUGCCUGAAAAGGGUGUUUCUGCGCUACAGAACAACUUUUUCAUUACAAACCUAAUGGAUGUUCUUCAGCGGACUCCAGACAACAGCUGUGAGGACUCCUCCAUCCUAGAGACGAUCACAGCAGUAGCAGCAGGGAAACCCCUUUCCUGUCCAAAUCAUGAUGGAAAUGUAAUGGAGUUUUAUUGCCAAUCCUGUGAGACAGCGAUGUGUCACGAAUGUACAGAAGGUGAACAUGCUGAGCACCCAACUGUUCCCCUCAAGGAUGUAGUAGAGCAGCACAAGUCUUCCCUGCAGACCCAACUGGAGGCUGUUAAACAGAGGUUGCCUGAACUGGACUCUGCUCUUAGUUUUCUGUCCGAAAUCUUGCAGGAUUUGACCAAUGAGAAAGUAAGCAUUGAAGAAGAGAUCCAUGCUACAUUCGAUGAGCUCCAAAAAACUUUAAAUGUACGAAAGAGUGUUCUGCUUAUGGAACUGGAGGUCACAUAUGGUGUUAAACAAAAAGUUCUCCAAGCACAAUUGGAUGCACUACUGCAAGGUCAAGAGAGCAUUAGAAGCAGUUGCAACUUCACGGAACAAGCUCUAAACCAUGGGACCGAAACGGAAGUGCUUUUAGUGAAGAAGCAAAUGGGUGAUAGGUUGAAUGAAUUAGCUGUUCAAGAGUUUCCUUUACAGCCCCAAGAAAAUGAUCAGCUGGAGUUUGUGGUGGAAACUGAAGGACUGAAGAAAUCCAUUCAUAAUUUAGGUACCAUAAUCACCACCAAUGCGGUGGCCUAUGAGACUGUUGCAACAGGUGAGGGAUUGAGACAAUGUGUGAUUGGCCAUCCCACAUCUGUUACUAUAACAACAAAGGAUAAAGAUGGAGAACUUGUGAAAACUGGAAAUGCGUGUCUAAGUGCUGAAAUUGCAUCUCCUGAUGGUAGUGUGGUUGACGGGGAAAUACUUGACAAUAAAAAUGGCACCUAUGACUUCCUUUAUACCAUUCAGAAAGAGCAAAAGGAGGGUGACUUUACACUUACCCUCCGACUGUAUGAUCAGCACAUUAAAGGAAGUCCAUUUAAAUUGAGGGUUGUCAAACCCACUGAUCUGUCUCCAACAUCUGAUGGAGUCAAACGUCGUGUGAAGUCACCUGGUAGUGGACAUGUAAAACAAAAGGCUGUGAAACGGCCGGCCAGCAUGUAUAGCACUGGAAAAAGAAAAGAGAAUCCGAUUGAAGAUGACUUGAUCUUUAGAGUUGGUACUAAGGGAAGAAAUAAAGGAGAAUUCACUAACUUGCAGGGAGUGGCAACAUCCACCAGUGGAAAGAUCAUGAUCGCAGACAGUAACAAUCAAUGUGUACAGAUUUUCUCAAAUGACGGACAAUUUAAAAACCGGUUUGGUGUUCGUGGCCGAUCUCCUGGGCAGCUGCAGCGUCCAACGGGAGUAGCUGUACACCCAAGUGGGGACAUUAUCAUCGCUGAUUAUGAUAACAAGUGGGUGAGCAUUUUUUCACCGGAUGGGAAAUUCAAGACCAAGCUAGGCUCUGGGAAGCUUUUGGGACCAAAGGGUGUUGCAGUGGAUCGGAAUGGUCAUAUAAUUGUGGUGGACAACAAGGCUUGCUGCGUCUUUAUUUUCCAGCCUAAUGGGAAGCUGGUGACAAAAUUUGGUAAUCGAGGAAACAGUGACAAGCAGUUUGCAGGGCCUCAUUUCGCAGCAGUCAACAACAAUAAUGAAAUCAUUGUUACAGAUUUUCAUAACCAUUCUGUUAAGGUAUUUAACACAGAUGGUGAGUUUGUGUUAAAGUUUGGAUCUAAUGGAGAAGGAAAUGGCCAGUUUAAUGCUCCGACAGGAGUGGCAGUGGAUUCCAAUGGAAAUAUUAUAGUUGCUGACUGGGGAAAUAGUCGUAUACAGGUGUUUGAUGGAAGUGGAUCGUUUCUGUCUUAUAUUAACACUUCAGCUGAUCCUCUUUAUGGACCUCAAGGUUUAGCAUUGACCUCAGAUGGUCAUGUAGUAGUAGCUGACUCUGGAAAUCAUUGCUUUAAAGUUUAUCGCUAUUUGCAGUAACAUUUGAUCUUUGGAUCUACAAAUCUAAUUGUAACUGGAUGCAGAUGAAUUCCAAUGUUAACUCACUAAGUUUACCUUUAGGAUGGGAGUGGCCUGUUGAAGAUUGUUUUUGUUUGAUGCCUUUUCCUGUACCAGGUUAUUUAAGUAAACUAAACACGUGGAAGAAAUAUGUGCAGUUUUAUACCUGGGAUUUCCUCUAACUUUCAUUGUGCUGUGGUCUAGCCACAAAGGAAUCAAACAGUGUUAUCAUAAAACUAAUAAAUUAAACAGACAAUUGCACAUUUUGGAUAUGCAGACACAUAAUGGAGAAUGUAGCUAGCUGCUCAUGAAUUUAGGAAUAAAACUUACUAGCAAAUUAUUAAACAGAAACUGCAUUCAUUCUGUACUGGGAGCUUUCACAUCAAAUGUCCAAAUGUGUGUAUGUGCGUGUGUGUGUAUAUAUAUAUAUAUAUCUCGAGUAUGUGGUUGCAAAUGGCAGAAAGCAGCCAUUCUGGGUGACAUUCAGGACUAAAUUGAGCACUUGAUUUUGAGCUUAUGGAUGUCCUUCUGAUUCUUAAAUUUAAUGACUGUUGCUGCCCUUGUUCACAGCUACAUUUUUAUUUUUUAUAAUAUACGUAUAUAUAUAUAUAUAUACUCUCUGACUAGGUCUUACUAUUAAACCCUUGUAUUUGAGUAUGGAGGGUAAAUCACUGGAAGUCUGUAGUGAAUGCAUUAUGUCAUUUUCUCUCAAUUGCAUCACAUUUAUGCGGACAUUCCAUUAAAAAUCCCAAUCCGCUAUUGUUACUAAUUCCAGAAUAAUACCACUUAUAUUGCACCAGGGUGUAAUGGUAUAAAGCAAUUUUGCAGCAAAUUUUGAGGGAAUUGAGAGCCUAGUAUAUAUUGUGCUUUAAUUCCUUGGCAACUUUUAAAAUAAUGGCAUCAAAUAUAAGUAACUGGUUGUUUUACCACAAUUCCCGGUUUUAACCAAAGUCCAUGAUGCAUGCUAUGUGCCGCUCUGUUAGCUGUGCAAUCCGUCAUUUUUAAUGCAAGAGAUAAAGCUUGAAAAAUACAUUAACAUUAGUCUUGAAUUAUUUAACGUAUCCUAAAUUAAACUGAACAGAGGUAUAAUCCGGCUGAGCAAAAGGAUACAAAUUGAAAGUAUGUGUACACCUUCAUUAAAUUUUCUACUGUCGCUAUUUAUUGAAUUUGCUAGGUUUGUUGUAUGAUUUGCUAAUUUUCUCGCAGUCUACUCAGGUAAUUAGUUGCAUCUAUUUAUCAUAAUUUUAAUUUGUGCUAAGGUUGCAUAAUUGGAAAACAUUUAUCAAUCUUUUGAAGUGCACUAAAAUAUUGAAAGUUGAUAGCUCAUUUUCAUUCAACAUGAUUAUAAUCUCUUUUAAUCUGUGGCUGCUGAUUUAGAACUAUUUAAUUGCUGAUGUGCACAUUUUUUUUCAUGUGGGGAUGGGGAGUGAGGGAAGAGGAGGAAGAAAAAUCAAGAUAAUGUUAAUAAUGUGUGUAGAUUAGUAAUCCUUUAUUUGGACCAGUAAUUAAGCUGUAAAUUUAACAUUUUUGUUAGGAAAAAUGGUCAACAGAACUAUUUAUAUUUUAUCUCAAUGGAUUAACAAAAUGCAUCUGUUGCCAAAUGUUUGAGGAAACUGUUUGGAAGAAUAUGUUCAAAACACUAAAGAGUGAUGCUAAAGGUGGUAUUUUGAGUAGCCAAAGCUUAGAUGUGCUGUGUGUAAAUGUAAGCCCUCUUGCUCUCCUUUGCUGUUGUUGUAUUUAAGACUGGAGUAGGUGACUCUUUUCUCCUCUCCCUCCACAUACCCAUCACUGACGUUUGCAUGGUGUGUAACAGCAUGGCCUUAACAGGUGUACUCUUCUUACGUCAGAAACUGUACAAGAGAGUUUCCACAAGAAAAGUUUGGGGAUUCUGCAUAGUGUGUGCAACAAAACUGGAAUUCAGUUUAUAAACUUGGGCAUUUUUUUUUGUUGUAAGUUCCAUGUUAAAUGCUUCUGCUAAUGUUUGAGGGACAAUUUAUGCAUUGUUUGAAUGUUACAACAUUCCAUCAUUGUGAUUCAGUUGAAAAGAAUUUGUUUUGUGUACAGCAC